AUGUCCGUCACCGCCGCCCCCGUCGCGUCCUUCGCGGGCGCGCGCCGAUCCUCCGCCGCCGUCGCGCGCCGAUCGACGAUCGCGCGCUUCCAGGUCACGCUCGAAACCCCGGAGGGGGCGCAAGCGAUCGAGUGCGCGGACGACACGUACAUCCUCGACGCCGCUGAGGAAGCCGGCAUCGACUUGCCGUACUCGUGCCGCGCGGGCGCAUGCUCGUCGUGCGCGGGUAAGGUCACGGCUGGUUCCAUCGACCAAUCCGACCAAUCUUUCUUGGACGACGACCAAAUGGGUAACGGCUUCGUGCUCACGUGCGUCGCGUACCCGACGUCGGACUGCACGGUCAAGACGCACAUGGAGGAAGAACUCUACUAA